AAAACAUUGUUAUAUUUACGCUACACUCCAGCGAUAGUAGCUUAGGUCGCAUUUAAAGUUCGUACAAGCGCGUCAGUCGGAACCUAUUCCUCAACGAUGGCACUAGCAUCGGUGAAAGAUUACGAGAAGCGUGCCUACGAGAUCAUCCCCCGCAAUGCACUGGAUUACUAUCGAAGCGGUGCGGGUGACGAGCUGUCUCUUCGGUUGAAUCGAACCUGCUUCGAUCGGUUGCGCAUCCGUCCACGAGUGUUGAAUAGUGGAGCCAAGCGCGAUCUGUCAGUGAGUCUGUUUGGGGAUCGCUAUUCGAUGCCCAUCGGAAUUUCACCGACGGCGAUGCAGCGGAUGGCUCAUCCGGAAGGCGAGAUGGCCAAUGCUAAGGCAGCUGCUAGUCGUGGCGUUGGAUUUACGCUGAGCACGAUUGCUACCAGUUCGAUUGAGCAGGUUGCAGCCGGGACUCCAGGUUCUCCAAAAUGGUUUCAACUUUACAUCUACCGCGAUCGUAAGGUGACGGAAAGUUUGAUCCGCCGAGCGGAGGAUGCCGGUUUCAAAGCCAUCGUGCUGACUGUGGAUGCUCCAAUGUUCGGACUGAGAAGAGCUGACAUGAGAAAUAAGUUUUCGCUUCCACCGCAUUUGGUAUUGGCAAACUUUGAAGGGAAUCUGGCGACGGGUGUCCAGAGUCAAGGUGGAUCGGGAAUCAACGAAUACAUCACGGAGCAGUUGGAUCCUACGUUGUCCUGGAAUGACGUGAAGUGGUUGGUUGGCUUCACCAAGCUCCCGGUGAUCGUGAAGGGAAUUCUUACCAAGGAGGAUGCCGUGCUUGCUGCUGAUAUGGGCGUUCACGGAAUCUGGGUGUCAAAUCAUGGGGCAAGACAGUUGGAUUCGGUGCCGGCUUCGAUUGAAGCUCUUCCGGAGAUCGUUGCUGCCGUUGGAGAUCGAACAGAAAUCGUAAUCGAUGGAGGUGUGACGGAAGGAACGGAUAUCUUCAAAGCAGUUGCGCUGGGUGCAAAGAUGGUAUUCUUUGGUAGGCCGGCUCUUUGGGGAUUGGCAGUUAACGGUCAGCAAGGUGUUGAACAUAUUCUGGAUCUUCUCAGGAAAGAGCUGGAUAUUGCUAUGGCUUUGGCGGGUUGUCGAUCGGUGGCCGACAUAAAGAAGGAUCAUGUAGUGCACGAGUCAUUUUAUGCAAAGUUGUGAUAUGCUGCGCAAACGAAGAUGCGGUAAAGAUGCUUGAUAAAUGAUUGUCAUGGGAAAACUUAGUUCUUAUAACGGUUUUAAACGGAUUCCUAAAUGGUCUUAUGUUGCUAUUAUAACCAGGAUAAUAAUCUCAUUAUAGUCACAAUUCUGCUUUUAUUAUUCAUUCUCAUGUUUCUUUAAUUAAAUAACCGGAAUCGAAACCAGCUGCACUGAAAAUAAAAAUCU